AUGUUCAGCUGGAUGGGGCGGCAGGCGGGCGGGCGCGAGCGCGCGGGCGGCGCGGACGCCGUGCAGACGGUGACGGGCGGCCUGCGCUCGCUCUACCUGCGCAAGGUGCUGCCGCUGGAGGAGGCGUACCGCUUCCACGAGUUCCACUCGCCGGCGCUGGAGGACGCGGACUUCGACAACAAGCCCAUGAUCCUGCUGGUGGGCCAGUACAGCACCGGCAAGACCACCUUCAUCAGAUACUUGCUGGAGCAAGAUUUCCCAGGCAUGAGGAUUGGUCCAGAGCCCACUACUGACUCCUUCAUCGCUGUGAUGUAUGGGGAGACUGAGGGAAGCACUCCUGGGAAUGCUUUAGUUGUGGACCCCAAAAAGCCAUUUCGAAAGCUUAGCCGCUUUGGAAAUGCUUUCCUGAACCGGUUCAUGUGCUCCCAGCUGCCCAACCAGGUCCUGAAGAGCAUUAGCAUCAUCGACAGCCCUGGCAUCCUGUCUGGGGAGAAGCAGCGCAUCAGCCGAGGCUAUGACUUCUGCCAGGUCCUGCAGUGGUUUGCCGAGCGGGUUGACAGAAUCAUCCUGCUCUUCGAUGCUCACAAACUGGACAUCUCAGAUGAGUUCUCAGAGGCCAUCAAGGCCUUCCGGGGCCAGGAUGACAAGAUCCGCGUGGUCCUGAACAAGGCUGACCAAGUGGACACACAGCAGCUGAUGCGGGUCUAUGGGGCCCUCAUGUGGUCCCUGGGGAAGGUCAUCAAUACGCCUGAGGUGCUGCGCGUCUACAUUGGCUCCUUCUGGGCACAGCCCCUACAGAAUACAGACAAUCGCCGCCUCUUUGAGGCUGAGGCACAGGACCUCUUCAGAGACAUUCAGAGCCUGCCCCAGAAGGCUGCAGUACGCAAACUCAAUGACCUUAUCAAGAGAGCGAGGCUGGCCAAGGUACAUGCCUACAUCAUCAGCCACCUAAAGAAGGAGAUGCCAAAUGUAUUUGGAAAGGAGAACAAGAAGAGAGAACUUAUCAGCAGGCUACCAGAAAUCUACAUUCAACUGCAGCGAGAAUACCAGAUUUCUGCAGGGGACUUCCCUGAAGUCAAGGCUAUGCAGGAACAGCUUGAAAAUUACGAUUUCACCAAAUUCCACUCUCUGAAGCCUAAGCUGAUUGAGGCUGUGGACAACAUGCUGAGCAGCAAGAUUGCAUCCCUGAUGGGCCUCAUCAGCCAAGAGGAGAUGAACAUGCCCACACAGAUGGUGCGGGGAGGUGCCUUUGAUGGAACCGCUGAGGGCCCCUUCAACCAGGGCUAUGGGGAGGGCGCCAAGGAGGGCAUUGACGAAGAGGAAUGGGUUGUGGCCAAAGAUAAGCCCGUCUACGAUGAGCUAUUCUACACACUGUCACCCAUCAACGGCAAGAUAUCAGGUGUCAACGCCAAGAAGGAAAUGGUAACCUCCAAGCUGCCCAACAGCGUCCUGGGCAAGAUCUGGAAGCUGGCCGACUGUGACUGCGACGGCAUGCUGGACGAGGAGGAGUUUGCACUGGCCAAGCACCUCAUCAAGAUCAAGCUGGAUGGCUAUGAGCUUCCCAGCAGCCUGCCUCCCCACCUGGUGCCUCCCUCUCACCGGAAGUCCCUGCCCAAGGCCGACUGAUAAGCAGCUGGGAAGGAAUUGGGAGCCUGGGCCUGAGGUCUGCUCUGCCACUCAUUCACUCAGUGACCCGGGCAAGGCACUACCCUCUCCAUGCCUCAGUGUCCCUAUCUGUGGGUGGAGAGGACACAACUGGACACUAGAUGAGGCCCUAAAAAUUCCCUAAGUCCUCUAAAAUCCCUAAAUUUCUAUUAAAGCAUUGGGGAGAGUGGGAGGAUGGGUUUUGAAGAUUUGAGAAGGGAAAUUAUCCAAAGAGGACUCUGAAUGGACAUGUGGACUCCCAGGAACCACCAGAAGUAAGCUGAGGGUGACUGAGGAAGCCAAGUCUUCAAUUUGUCACCGUGAACCUCUGUAGUACCUGUGUGUCCCCCCGAGAAGAUACCAGGAGGCAGAAAAGAUGAUUUCAUUUAUUUUGCUUAUUGUGUUUCCUGCUGUAUUUAAAGUGGGGAACAGAGGGCGGGGAGAAACAACAGAGGCUGUUCUCUCCUGACCGACACCAAAGAGAAGCCUGAUGCCCAGGCUUAAAAGAAAAUGUGCCAUGUCCCCUGUGUGGUUCCCAGCAUAGCAGGCUGCCAGGCCUCCCUCCAUCUACGCUGGAUUCUGUUAGGAUCUAGCCUCACAGCCACUAUUAGACCCUAGCAAGGCCUCUAGUUAGUGUGUCUUAAUAUGUUGGAGUCUGAGAAUUGACUUACCAAUUUUCCCAAUAGGUUGUAGCAAAUAAAGUCUAUUUAUCAGACUUCAAUUACAAUUAAAAACAAAAAAGAGGCAGUUUUCUUCUGCCAUUCCGUGUGGCCUUCAACCAUUGAAUGUCCCCAAGGCUCCUUGGUGGGUUUCAGGAUUUAAAUUUAGCAAAGCCAUGUCUUGUGUGCAGUGUCCUAGAUCCUGUGGACACAGUGAAUAAGAGGCCAGCCCCACCCUGGGCUGUUAAUAGAAGUGUCUUAGAGAUAGGUAUUUUUUUUUAAGAAAAAUAGGUAUUUUUAUUAUCUCCAGUUGUGUGUUUCUCACCAUAUGAAGCCUUUAUGCAAAGAUCUUUCAUAUAAAAGCUUUUCUUCAAAGGCCAUGGGGUUUGUAUCAUGAGUGCCAAAUUUGAGGCAGGAUUGGGCCAUUUACCCUUGUGCUGGUUCUUAAGUGUUUUUUCCAAGUCUUUGGGGGAACCUCCCGGUCUGUUCGCUCAGGUGCCUGGUCCAGGUGGAGGAGGUCAUGGCAUGGGCCCUGCCAGUGCCCGAAAUGAAUGGAACUGAAGUUGACUGAGCCUUCCAAAACAGCACUGAUUUUUUUCUGUCAUCUGCCUCUGGUGACCUCAGGAUGAGAACUUCAGAUUUAAGAGAAAACAUUAAGAGCUAAGUGUACUGGCUCAUGCCUAUACCACCAGCACUUGGGAGGCUGGGGCAGGAGGAGCACCAAGAGUUUGAGGCAAGCCUGGGCCAGAGAGAGACCAUAUCUCAAGAAACUAGAGGAGGAGGGUAAGAGCUAAUGUCAUCAUUCACACCCCCUAACUUGCUUUCUGAAUAGUUUUUACUACUGAAGUAAUAGCAUGGCUGGUUUUUAGUCUGAAUGAGCACUUUUGAAUUAACUGGGUGCACUGAAAAUGGCUGAUCCUAGGACUAUAAUUUACGCAGGUGUGACUCAAGGACCCCAGUGUCCAAGGGGCAAGGAUUCUGGGGAGGACUCCUUUCUAUUCCGCUGUCUUGCUGCUUUCACUAUGCACAGUUGUCAUAUAUACAUAAAUAUGUUCACAUA